UGAGUAAUGGAGAAAUCCAUCUCUCACGCGCUUCAAGAAACAAGCAAGGACUUUUUGAGUUUGCUGAGGAAACAGUAGCAAACUUGGGGGCUCCUUUCUUGUCUGCUUGUCUUUUUUUUUUGUUUCUGGCUGGUUUAAUUUUGCAGAGAUAUGGGUGGUAGUGGGGACAAUAAGAGUCUGAAGGGUUUUCAUUUGCAUCGCACUCGUCAUAACCACUAUGGGUAUGGCCAUGGGAAGAAGCAAGAGUACAGAGGUGUACCCAAAGGGUGUCUUGCAAUCAAGGUGGGUCAACAAGGAGAAGAGCAACAAAGGUUCGUGGUUCCCGUUAUGUACUUCAACCACCCUCUCUUCAUGCAGCUUCUCAAGGAGGCUGAGGAAGAAUACGGUUUUGAUCAGAAGGGAACCAUAACCAUCCCUUGUCAUGUCGAGGAGUUCAGGAACAUCCGAGGCUUGAUUGAUAGGGAAAAGUCCCUCCAUCACCACCAUCAUAUUGGCUGCUUUGGCUUCUGAGAUCGAUGGAUAUAUCUUACUCUUACUCAUCAUUGAUGAUGAAGAAAAUUAAAGAACAAGUUCUUGACCCAGAAAUUAAAUCUUCUGGUUCUUGUCUUCUUCAAAGCCAGGUACUAAUGAUUUCUUCAUGUAAAUUCUUAAUUUUUACAUUUUAGGUUGUUUUCUUCGUUUUGUUAGUUGAGUGGUGAGGAUAAAGAUGAGAUGAUAUGAUGAUGACGACGACACGACAGAAUGUUACUUCUUCCAAUUGUAUGUAGUUACUUUGUUGUUAGGAAUCGUAAUGAUAAAAGAGAUGCUUUUUCUUUUCUUUUCCUUUCUUUCUCGAUCUGGAAGAAUUUGUCGCCAUAUAAUGGCAUUGGAAUAAUAAGAGCCCUACUCUUUCGAAAAGGAACGAAUUGGUGGUAUGUAGGACAAAACAGUUUCUUUCUUUCAAGUCACUGAAUUCACCGUAAUCAAAUGGUCUCGCUCGUCAGAACAAAUACAUUGGGGAUGGUGUGAAACAUGUU